AUGGUAGCCAUCACCGAUCUCUCCGCCUCGUUUUCGGAGUUCCAAGCGAACUUCCACAUCCUUGGUGAGCGGUUGCGUGAGAUGAAUAAUGAGGAUAUCGGUGAGGACGACCAGAUGGAGCUGAGUGGGGAAAAGGGAGAUGAUGAUCAUGACGACGGAGAGACCCAGGAGUGCUUCAUGAGGAUCCACCAGGAUAUGCGUGAUGGCCUUAAAUCUAUAGAUCAGCGCCUUACGCGUAUUGAGCAUGCACGUGCUAGUUCUUCACAUGGUGAUCCCAUGGAGACUAGCUCCGUACCCCGCAGUGAUGAUUCAGCUAAGGAAUGUGAAGAAGAAGAAGAAGAAAAAGAGAAAGUUGGUAAUGACGAGGAAGAGGACGAUGAAGAAGAGGAAGAGACGAAGAAGGAGAAGAAGACGAAGAAGGAGAAGGCUCUCACCAAUCCAAAGGAAAAGGAAUUGCUGAAGAUAGUGACACUGAUUAGGAUGCAUAGAUGUUAG